UUGAAAAUGUUCAAUUUAGACCGAUCGUUUUAUCGACGAUCAAUUUAUUCCGAUAUCCGGCAUACAUGGUAUAUUAUUUAAUAUUAGGUACCAUGAGCUUAUAUAUUUUUGCACCAAUUAUAAUUAUUGGAUACGAAGGUAUCAAAGAUAUACAACCUAAACAUUAUGGUCUUCCAUUUCUAACCAAUUUUCCAUGGAUCAAUGGAACACCUGGAAUCAUUUAUCAAAUACAAUUUUUGUUCGAGACACAAUGCAUUUGGUUUAUUGUAUUUGUUACCGGCGGCGUUGACUCUUCUUACGGAUUUUAUAUAUUUYAAAUGAUUGGUCUGAUGCGUGCCAUGUCAUUCGAAUGUAAAAACGCAUUUAAAUCUUCUUACGAAUUGAWGAAUAUCUUGCACAAUUGUAUAAAAAAACAAGUAAGGUUGUUACGUUGUCGCGACAUUAUUCAACAAAUUUAUGGWCCCAUUGUGCUUGACUUAAUGCUUACUAAUGCUAUCGUCUUAUGCGCACUGAUAUUUCAAGCAUUUCAGGUAAAAUAUCAAAUGUUAUUACUUUGUUUAAUAUGUUACAAUCUAUAUGUAAUGAAAAGUAUGAUAUUGUUUGUUAAGACAGAGAUGACUGCAGRUAAAAUGCUUUUAUUUGUAAUUUAUGGAUUAUUAAAAACUAUUCAAGCGUUUAUGUAUUCCUGGUAUGGAAGUAUUGUUGCUUCAGAAGUAUGUAUAUGAUUAUUGUAUUUAAAAAUAUAUAUAUAUAUAUACAGAAUGUUUCGUAAUACGUGAGACAUAGUGUAUAUAUAUAUAUGUAUAUAUUUUUAUUUAAAUUUAAUAUUUAUCCUAAGUUUGCAUCUUAAUUUAGAGUGAAGCAUUUCGACGAAGUGUAUAUUGUAGUAAAUGGUACGAACACAAUGAUAAUAUAACGCUUAUGAAAGAUGUUUUGAUCAUAUUAUCACAAAAACCGAUCGUAAUUGUAGCAUGUCAUUUUUUAUAUAUWUCAUUGAAUAUCUUUAUCAAGGUAAAAAAA